AUGUUGCGUGGCCCAACACAGUAGCAAUUGGAACGCUGCGCCGGUUGCUUCGGUCCUUAUAUAUAGUCAUUUUAUAUAGAAAUCCAUUGCCGCCCGACGCGCGACGCCGCCAUUUUCCGCCGCAUCUACACCGCUACAGUAUACAGGCAGUGCAGUACCACACAGUAUAAUUCUCACCUUCAUUUUCGGCAAUUCGGAUUUCUGUAGACAGCAGCCAAGAUGCCAGGUUUCAGCAGCGUAGGCACUUUCAAGAUAUUUAUUGGAAACUUGGCCGACAAGACGACCAACGCCGACAUCAAGCCGUUAUUUGAAAAAUACGGCAAGGUUGUCGAAUGCGACGUCGUGAAAAAUUAUGGCUUUGUGCACAUGGAAAAUGAAGAAGCAGGAAGGAAUGCCAUUCAAAACCUGAAUGGUAACAUGGUUCAUGGUCAGCCCAUUAAGUGUGAAGCUGCCAAGAGCCGUAAAGGACCCAACACUCCAACUACCAAAAUUUUUGUUGGUAACCUAACUGAUAAUACUAAGGCUCCUCAAGUUCGUGAACUUUUUGCAAAGUAUGGUACUGUGGUUGAGUGUGACAUUGUUCGCAACUAUGGUUUUGUCCAUCUCGAGGCAUCUGGAGAUGUUAAUGAAGCCAUCAAGGAGUUGAAUGGUCAAAUUGUUGAUGGAGAAGCUAUGAAAGUACAAAUUUCAACCAGUCGUGUCCGCCAAAGGCCAGGCAUGGGUGAUCCAGAGCAAUGCUACAGAUGUGGUAGAGGUGGACAUUGGUCAAAGGAAUGUCCCAAGGGUGGUAUGGGUGGUGGCCCUGACAGGAAUGGUUUCAGAGACAGAAUGUUUGGUCGCGACCCUUACCCACCACCACCACCUCCCCCAUUUCUCCGGGACAGACUCAUGGGAGGAGCACGCUUUGGAAACUAUCCUCCUUUCCAAGACUAUGAUAGCUAUUAUGAUCGUCGUGGUUUUGACGAAUCAAGAGACUUGUAUGAGAGAAGGUUCACGGGUAUGACUGGUAUGUCUGGCAAUUAUAACACAGCUGGCAUGGGUUCAAUGCGUGAUACUGGAUUCAGAAGUGGUGGCCAAGAUUAUGGCAUGUUCAGCCGGCGGUCACCACCACCAGCAGGCAACAAUGGAAGAUUUGGAAGCUACAAUAAUAGAGGGAAUUUCGAGGACCCCAAUCAACCUUCAGUUAAUAAUGCAAGACCGGGAAUCCGAGGGCCAUCGCCGUCGCGCCGGUUCGCACCAUACUAAAUCUAUCUCCCUGUGACGCCGCUGAGCCGCUGAGCCUUCGUCGCGGACAACAUACCUCCGCACGAAAACACUACGUCGUCGUCGUCGCCUCUCCUUCGUCGCCGGCCGCCCGCACGCAAUGCAAUUGCUCGCUCGCCUCGCCGUGUUUGUGCAUUUGUCACAUUCUCGAGAAGCGCGAGCGUCGUCGCUGUCGUCGUCACUGCCGCCGGCCGCAGAACGCACGAGCAAUACCUCUCGGAAGGGACGUAAAUAACAAUCAGACACGUCUUGACACGGGAGCUUGAUGAUCUCGGGGAUUCCUUCUAUUUAUCUCAAUCGGGUGUGACUCUUGCAAUGACCGGGCAGCCGUAGAUCGGAGAUAUCGACGCCACAAGCUCAAUACUUUACCAUAUAAUUAAUCGCUAAUCUUAAUCUGCAUUAAUAUUGUUAUCUAUAAAACAAGGACAAACACUACGUAGCACUUCUUUUCCCGACGACAUGGAAUUAUACGGUUAUUUCGAGUUUAACUCAAUACCCACACACGCAAUAUUUACCCAUUCACCUUAUAUUAUUCAAUAUUUAGGUGAAUUAUGGUAUUUAACAUUCAUGGUUUAUGAUUAUUAAUAAUUGUACUCAAAUGGCGACGUCGUGUAUGUAGUAUUGCCCUAAAUUUGAUCAACACACAAUUUCAAUUUACACAUUUUGUAUGAGAAAAUGGCGAGAUUUGAAUCUGUCAUUGCAAACAAAUAGCGCGUCGUUGAAAAAAAAAAUGAUGAUGUUUAUUCGAGUGUGCAAAUAUGAGAAUCGAGAACAUCAGCUCUCAUCAAUGUCUCGCCAUUGUUUUAUGCAUAUAAAAUAUUAUAUGUAUAAAUCUAUAUAAAUAUAUAUAUUUAUUACGAAUAUAUGUGUGCAUUUGUAGGUAUCAUAAUGUGACGAGCCAGUGCUGCUUAUAAAAUCGCGGAAAGAUUAAUGAUUACGAUUAUUAUUGAUAAUGAUGAUGAAAAAGAGAGUUCUUGUGUCAGACGAGCAAUUAGUACUCUAUAUGGGUAACGAAAAAGCCAUGUCUCACAAUGAUCUCCUUUGCUAUAGUGCCAGCUUUCUCGUUUUUGUGUGAACUUUUUUUCAUGAAGGCCAGGGUGUUCAAGCGGACUAGCGGAGUUGAUGUUCCAAUAUGAAUCAUUGAUAUUUUUUCCCUCUUUUUAUUCAUAUUAUAUUAGAUAAAAAUGAUCGAAACAUGUAGACAAAUUCAUGACUAUACGCGUGAAUCUUAUUGUCGAUGUUACGAAAGUUUUCCUUUUUUAUAGUCAUUUUUUCAAGUCCAAUUUAAUUGAUUAAAACUAAUUUAGCAGAUUUAUUUAUUCUACCAAUGAUUUUUAAUGUAGCAUUUACUCCGGAAUUUAGUAUCAAAAUUGCGAACCGAUAGGUUUUGAAUAAUGAAAUGAAUUAAAAGUGACUUAUCAAUAAACUUUGUAACGUUACAAUACGUAACCUUACUGACUAAAUUCACUUACCUUGGAUAAAUUAACUUACAAGAAUAGUUGUAAAAAUGAAUUUGAACGAGACACUUUCAAAAAUUAUGAUGAAUUAUGAAAAUCAUGAGUUUUUAACGGUCGGACUAUGCGUGUACUAUGUUAUUACUCAAAAAACGAAAUUAAUUAACUAUUCGGCUGAAGUUCUCGUACACUGUUUUUUUUUGUAUGUGAUAGCCUAUCGAUCAAUGUUGUAGAAGGGCAAAUUCAAUCUCUAAAUGAUUGUAAAUUGCGCCCAUUUUAAUCGCUCAGCUGUUGAAGUAAUGUGUCAAAAUUUUAAUCAUUUGAUUAGUCAUUAGCUGGUUAAUCGAUUUGAAAGUUGAAUUUCGUUAAACAGCUAGAUUUUUUCAAUAGUUUUUUCUCCUGUACGUAACGUUAUGUCUAGUUUGAACGAAAGCCAGAAUGGAUUAGCUGUAUCUUAAACAAUUAAAUGAUGAAAAAAAUGAAAUUAAUUUAAGGUUAGCAUGUAGAUUAGGAUUAUCCGUACUCGAAGCAAGAAUUAAUAAUAUGCGAUUACAGUAUAAAAACAGCAAUUAAUGAUUAAGUAAAAUGUUACGAUACGCGCAGCGCAGCAGCUGAAUUUUUGCUCGGAUGUCAUUAACAAAAAAAAUAAUGACUUUUGUAUGGUUCGUCGUGUUUUUUCACUCUAUCUAUAGAAAUAUAUGCUAAGUAUAUAUUACGAUGCGAUAGUAAUCCUUUUCUUCCUCGUAAUUGUUUAUUUAAAAUAAAAUGAAUAAAGAAAUCUGUGUACUGAAACAUGUAAUACUUGUGGAUUUCAUCAUAAACAGUCAAACGUGAA